AUGACAUCGCAUCCGAAACCGAUUUGCGGAAAACAGAAGAAACCUCCGCCGAAACCGAUCAAAGCGAAAAAGAGCCCGAAGAGUUCCAAGAGUUCUAAAUCAUCGAGCAAGAAAAAGAGCAAAACAAGUUCAUCGAAAUCGAGCAAAAAGAGCUCGAAAAGCAGUAAGAAGACAUCGAAAAGUAGUAAGAAGAGUUCUAAGAAGUCAAACGGAAGUGGCGCGAAGAGGAAGAAGAAAUUGGAUCCAGAGGUUUUCAUGAAUUUACCGGAGCAGUACUUCCUCGAUAUCUUGAGUGUAAUGCUGCGAAGAUUCGAACGCGGUUUAGUGUUGGAGAGCCUCGACAGCGUCUUCAUUCGCAGACCUCAAAUGCUUCUGAAAGGUAUUCUGGAGAGCAUCGGCAAUAUUCGAUAUGUGCAGUGCAUAUAUCUGUCGUAUUCGUUCGAGGAUCACGAAUGCAAGAGAUUGAAUGAGAUGGCGAUGCUGAACGAAUUUACCGAGGAGAAAAAGAAGCGAUUGGAGGUGAUUGUUGAAAUGAACGCCGAUGAUUUUGCAAAUCUCUCGGAGCAAGAUUUGAAGCUCUUCAAAGAGUACUUUCUGAAGAAACGCAAGGAGGAUAGCGCACGACGAAAAUUGGCCUUACAAGCAAAGUUGGAACGAAAGAAGGGUGGCAAGAAACUAAUGACCGCUGCCAAAAGACCCAAAACCAAAGAUUCGAAGAAGGGUGGCGGUUCCAAAGCCGAUUCGAAGAAGACGAAGGAUUCGGAAGAAUUGUCGAAGAAAUCGCCAAAGGGAUCUAAGGGUUCUAAAAAGAGCAAGGGCAGCAAAAAAUCGUCGAGUAAAGGGAGUAAGAAAUCAGCAAAGGAUAAAGACAAAUUAUCGCCGGAAGAGGCGGCAGAAAGGGAUUCGCUAAUCAAAGCGGAAACUCACUGUUGGGAGUUGAGGCACAUUCUGGAGUUUUGGGAUAGAAAGAAUCGUGUUCUCACCGAGCCUUUGCCGGCCAAACCUCCUAAAAUCAAGAGCCCAAAGAAGAAAAAAACACCAAAAUCGCCGAAGUUCAAAAAGGGUGGUGGCAAAAAGAAAGAUUCAAAAAAGGAAUCGAAAAAAGGAUCAAAAAUAGAUUCGAAGAAGGGAUCGAAAAAAGUCUCCGAAGCUGGCGGAUCCGAGGAUGAGAAGGUGAAAUCUGUGGAGGUGGUUGUAGAGGAAAAGAAAAUCGACACGAAAAUUUUGACACCGUCGGAAGAAUUGCUUAGGCAAGAAAUUGGGAUUCCUAUUUUGAUUGCUGCUAAUGCGCAUAGAGGACGGGAAGAGUUUUGUGAAGAUAUUGUCGCCAAUUUGAUUCAACUUCCAGAUUUGUUGGAAGCUGUACAGCUGCUGGAAGAGAGCCUCACAGAAAAGCUGGAGGAACGCGACGAAUUGUACAGUAUCCUGACUGAGCCGAAGGCUAACAGACGGAAGAACAUCUCUAUGAAUUUCUUAGUGUACGAUGCACCCAACAAAGACACGGAUUCAGAGGAGAACAUAUCCUUGUUAGUAUCGGAGGCAAAGAUUGAAAAGUCCAUUGGCAGCGUUUCCGAACGAUUACAGACAUCAUCGUUGACCGCACAACGUUCAUCUUUAUCCAAAGAGAAGAGGUCGCUAACGGAACGCUCGGAGUCCUCGAAGAUCCGAAAGAAACGUAGCAAAGUUGCAGAACAGCAAGACCAAAGUACAGUGUUCGAAAUGGUCGAAGAAAUUAAGUCGUUCACGCCGCGCCGUAUCCUGCAAAUAGGCGAAAAGCUGACGUUCGACGUGUACUUUUGCCCGGACCACUGCGGAGAUUACGAGCACGUCUACACGUUGGAAGCAAUCUGUUCGCCAAGGAUCUUUAGCUUAUGGUUGGAAGGAAAGUCGGAUAUACCGAGAAUCUACAUGGAACCGGAAAUGCUCUUCGAGACCGUAUCAAUAGAUAGGAAGGUGGACUUGAACUGCGUCUUCUUUAAGGAGCAGAAUCUCUUCGAACUCGGCCCUAUUGUAGCCCAAAAAGUUGACAAUCUCAAUUGCCUGCAGAUGGAGGGUAAGCUGAAUAUAAUUUCGAAUUCGUACAUGCCGUGUCAGGUUAACGUAUGUCUGGUGGAGGGUAACGAUGACAUCUUCGGCAUUGAAGCGAACAACUUCAUUGUGGGUCCAAACAACUCCGAGUUCCUCUCGGUGUUCGGCCAUCCGGGAGAAUGCGGAACGUUCCGCGAUCAAAUCGUGCUCACUAUUAAGAACAAUCCUGCCGUGGAGUUGAUCAAUCUUGCGUGCGAAGGUUGUAACAUCUCAGUUGACAUAGAACCGCGCGACGUCGUCUUUGAGCGUAUCGUGAUUGCAACCAAAAACUGUAAGGAUGUGUUUCUAAAGAAUCGGUGUUUGUUCGGGUUGAAUUGGAGGUUGGUCGAUGAUGAGGGCACGCUGAAAGUAUUCGUGCCGUUGAGGAGACGUGGAUACGUGGAACCCAUGAGCGAUGUGCGACUCAUCUUUGAGUAUUACGCCGUCAAACUGGAGAGCGUCCCCAGAAUGAAUCUUUUUACGAUAUGUACUUGA